CUCCAUGGAAACGCUCGGAGUGUCUAUCCUCAGGCCUGGAACUUCCGUUUCGGUCUACAAGGGCUGCGGCCAUUGUUUGAGCAGUGUCUUGUGGCCGGUCACCGUCCUCGUUAAGAGCUCUCUCAGCCUUUUCAACACUCCACCCUUCCCCAGAAGAGGAGCACAAAGGAGGAAGGAAUGUACACUGCUUUCCUCGUGGUCUGAUUCCAGGAAUCUUGCCACUGUGUUGAGAAGUAGCCCAGGCCACAUGCAAGGACCAAAAGGAGAGAAACCGAGACCUCCCAUCAGCAGUCAGCACCAACCUGCCAGCCAUAUUUCUUCUUCCUGGAAAGCCUGAUCUUCAAUGAAAUGGCAAUAACAUUUGAAGAUGUGACUGUUAUUUUUACUUGGGAUGAGUGGAAUUUCCUGGAUUCUUCUCAAAAGAAGCUGUACAGGGAGGUCAUGUGGGAGAACUACACAAAUGUCACGUCAGUAGGAAUCUGGAAGGAGAGCUACAAAUCUCAAGAAGAAAAAUUCAGAUAUUUAGAACAUGAAAAUCUUUCCUUCCUGCAAGGCUGGAGGAAUGCUAGUACUCAGAUGUAUGAGAAUCAGAAUUAUGUGGAAACUGUUCAAGACGUAGAUUCUCAGGACCGAAAGCAGCAAGACCUUUCCCACUGUCAAAAAUGGUUAAUACUGUCUACACAAGUACCGGGAUAUGGUAACUAUGAACUGACAUUCGAAGGCAGAAGUCACAGAAACUUUAAAUAUGGAAAGUUUAUACCUUGGCAGUCCUUAGAAAUAAAAAACACUCAAGAUGUUGGGAAAGAAAUCUACAUGAGUGAUUUACAUGUUUUUCAAGGAAACAGAUACCAUCUUUCUAUAUUGUGGGAAAAACUCUCCAAGGAAAAAGAACACAGGCUCAUAGUUAAGCAUUCUUAUGCCCCAGUUGAGGAAGCCCUUCCAGAGUGCAUUGGUGAGAUAUGCCGAAAUGACCUACUGAAAGCCUCUAUGGAAGAGAAAUUCUGCGGAUGUAGUAAAUGUAAAGAAAUUUAUUUUUGGAACUCACAAUGUGUUCUCCACAAGAGAAGUCAAUUUGGAGAAAAGGUCUAUCAAUGUUCCAUCAGCACAGCAUGCUUCCCUCAGAGAUCAUAUUUAUAUAGAUAUCCAGGAAUCCACAUAGGUAAGCAGUUUUAUGAAUGUGAUGAAAUUGACAGUAACUUUAGUCAGAGCCCUGGUAUUCACUUUCAUCAGACUGUCCAUGCAGGGCAGGUACCUUAUAUAUGUAAUGCAUGUGGUAAGAGCUUCAGUCAGAUCUCUAGUCUUCAUAAUCAUCAACAAGUACACACAACAGAGAAACUCUAUAAACUUGAGUAUGAUAAGGACCUCAGUAGAAAUUCAUUACUUCAUUUUCACCAGAGGCUUCAAAUAGGAGAGAAACCUUUUAAAUGUGAUCAGUGUGGUAAGAGUUUUAGUCGGAGUUCAGUACUUCAUGUUCAUCAGAGAGUUCACACAGGAGAAAAACCAUAUAAAUGUGAUGAGUGUGGAAAGGGCUUCAGUCAGAGCUCAAAUCUUCGAAUUCAUCUGUUAGUCCACACAGGAGAAAAGUCCUAUAAAUGUGAUGACUGUGGUAAGGGCUUUACUCAGCGUUCAAAUCUUCAAAUUCAUCAGAGAGUGCAUACAGGAGAGAAGCCUUAUAAAUGUGAUAACUGUGGAAAGGACUUUAGUCACAGCUCAGAUCUUCGUAUCCAUCAGAGAGUCCAUACAGGAGAGAAACCCUAUACUUGUCAUGAAUGUGGUAAGGGGUUCAGCAAGAGUUCAAAGCUUCAUACUCAUCAAAGAGUACAUACUGGAGAGAAACCCUACAAAUGUGAAGAGUGUGGUAAAGGAUUCAGUCAGCGUUCACAUCUUCUCAUUCAUCAGAGAGUCCAUACAGGAGAAAAACCCUAUAAAUGUAAGGAUUGUGGAAAGGGCUUUAGUCACAGCUCAAAUCUUCACAUUCAUCAGAGGGUCCAUACAGGAGAGAAGCCUUAUCAAUGUACUAAAUGUGGUAAGGGUUUCAGCCAUAGCUCAGCCCUUCGAAUUCAUCAAAGAGUCCACACAGGAGAAAAACCUCAUAAAUGCCAUAAGUAUUAUAAGGGAUUUGAUCAGAAUUCACAUCUUUACAAUAAUCACAGAAGAGAAGCCUUAUAAUUUUGUUCAUUUAGUGAUUAGGUUUAAUCAAAGUUUACACUUUAAACCCAGUAAGUGCUGUGGGAAGGAAAUCCUAUAAAUAAUCCAGUAAUCCCAAGCAACAUUUAUAGUCACCACUAAAUCUCACUAAGAACCAUUUGCUUCAAGAGGAGAUCCUUAGGAUAAUUCCUAUAUAUUUAAAAUUAAAGUGUUUUUUUUUUUUCUACUGUAACUAUAACGCAUAGUCAUUAUGAAAUAUAUAAAAAAUUCAAGAAGAAAACUCUUCAUCUUAUUUCGUUCUAGUUGGUUUUUUUCUGUGCAUUUUCAUAUACUUGAAAUCAUACUGUAUGUUCAACUUUGUAUUUUCACUGACUUCAAAAUAUUUAUUUAAAUUUUGAAUUGAAACAGCUAGCAAACUCUGAAACAUCUCUUGACUCCCCUAUAAAGUCCAUAGGAAGCCACAGAAAAAGAUGAAAACACACAAAACUUGAAACUCAAACUAGCAGACAAUUUAUUCAAAUAUGGAAGAAUUAGCUAUAUGGCCAGUAGAAUUCAACUGCCCAUGAAACAAAGGCUCCAUGAUAAAAGAUAGGAAGACAAUGAACUUGUAUCCAAGAUAGGUUAUUUUACAUAUGUUAUCUCUGCCAACCAGAAAACUCAGACACCAUCAUUCUGUUGUAAGGGUGCUGCACAGUGCACUCUGACUCCUCCCCUUUCCAUUUUCCACAUUUACUCAUAGGUUCAGACACCAAGUAAUGAAAAAUGGAAGAUUUAGUUUCCCUAAGUAAACUAUGGAAGGUGUAAACAAAGCCUAAAAGAAUACUGAUAGGAGUGAGUGCUAGAAAUAGCAGAUACUGUUGGUUUAGAAUCGGAAUUCCAAGCAGUAGAAUUUGAACUCUCAGUUGAACAGAGUUGUAGCAGAAGAAUAUCUUGCUAGGAACAGAACUGAACUAAACUCAAGAGCUAUAGGCAACCAUGAACACUAAGUUAAGUAAGAAGAGAAUUUUGCCAUUAUAAAAAUAGAGUAGGAAUACACAAAUCCUGAUCAUUGACAUACAACUAUAUUUAGAUUUUUCCCAAAAGGAAAAAAAUUAAAUGGGCCUAUUUGGGAAAGUAAGAGGGAAUUGCAAUACUAAAAAUAUGUAUAUAUCAUUCUGAAGACUUAGAAACCUGUAGCCCUGAAAAUUGGUUAUUUCAGGCUCCAGAAGAAAUUUUGUUUUUAAAUGGUGUCCUCAGUAACAACAGAAAACCUGAACUCAGCAAAUCCAUAGGAAUCCAUAAGUAUAGAAAGCCUCUAAGAUAAAGAGAAAUAGAUAUAUGAGGAAGGACUGCAGAGAAAUUUAAAGUGUUGUAUCAAAGUAAAAGACAAUAAGCAACGGAAUUGAUGGAGCAAAAUAUAAACUAUAAAAAAAUAAAUUUGAGGUAAUCUUAAAUGUAUAGGAAAAGAAUAUUAAGGAAAUAAGAGAAAAGACACAUGAAGAGUAGAUACUGGGGAUCCAGUGUGAGAAUUAUGGUGCUUCUGAGGAAGAUAGAACAAUUGGAAAUAGAAUCACUGUUCAAAUAAAGAAAUUUUUCUUUAGCUAAAAAUAAUAUACAUCAGAUUUUAAGCAAAACCAGUAUAGAAACCAUGUUUAGAAACAGCUUAGGGAAAAAAAGAACAACAGACAUAGUAAGAGGAAUUCUGAUUAUCUAUAAAGCUAAAAGAAGAAUGGAUAAAGAGUACUCUGCAACAGUGAAUGGCAGAAGGCAAUGGAAUAACACCUUCAAAAUUCUGAGAUUAAAAAGUCUGUAAUUACGUAAGAGAUUUUUAUUCGACCAAGUUGUCUUUUAUAUGUGUAAGUGACAGAUAAGCAAGAAAACAAAACAUGCCAUACCUUUGCCUUUCUUAAAGAGAGUUCAAGAAUGUGGAAGUCAUGAUAUAUAAGAUCUGGUGAGGAGUACAGCAAUCAGUUAAAGAUGCAGUGCUCCAAGAAGGGCCAAUGAGAAGUUUCCAAGAAAUUGAAUGAUGGGGAUGCUGGAAGAGGGUCAUAAGCUAGAAGGACAAUGUAAGAUGAAAUUGCUUGUGGUCUCCAUAUUCUUAAUUUGCUGG